ACACUGGCUGGUGCACUUGGAAGGAGAACUCCACCAGAGGGAGCCAGCCAAAGUUGCCAUCACCACCCUGGCCUUUUGUGAUUGGAAUCUGCACAGGGGCCCCAGGGAGCCCGUGAUGUAAACACCACACACUCCCGUACACCAGACAACACUCUAAACAACUAGUACUCUCACCGAAUGAGGGAUUGAACAUCCUUUUCCUUGACGACACUGAGGAGACAGUCGCGAGAUUUGGGUGGCUGUCUAGAAGAUGACCAUAGAGGACCUCCCAGAGUUCCCACUAGAAGGAAACCCUCUGAUCGGAAGAUACCCGUUUCUGUUUCCAGGCUCCGAAGCGCCGGUUAUCUUCUCCAUCUCUGCAGCACCAAUGCCUUCCGACUGUGAGUUUUCUUUCUUUGAUCCUAACGAUGCCUCGUGCCAGGAGAUCCUCUUCGAUCCCAAGACGUCGGUCUCAGAAUUGUUUGCCAUUUUAAGACAGUGGGUCCCUCAAGUCCAGCAAAACAUUGACGUUAUCGGAAAUGAGAUUCUUAAGAGAGGUUGCAACGUGAAUGAUAGAGAUGGGUUGACAGAUAUGACUCUUCUGCACUAUACCUGCAAAUCUGGAGCUCACGGCAUUGGUGACGUUGAGACAGCCGUGAAGUUUGCCGGACGGCUUCUGGAGCUGGGGGCGGAUGUCAGCUUGCGGAGCCGCUGGACCGACAUGAACGCCUUGCACUACGCUGCGUAUUUUGACGUCCCCGAGCUGAUCAGAGUGGUGCUGAAGGCGUCGGGCCCGAAAGAUGUGGAUGCCACUUGCAGUGACUUUGAUUUUGGAACGGCUCUGCAUAUUGCCGCAUAUAAUUUGUGUGCAGGUGCUGUAAGAUGCUUAUUGGAGCACGGAGCAAAUCCCGCAUUUAGGAAUGACAAAGGACAGAUGGCCGCCGAUGUUGUCCCGGACCCAGUGGACAUGCCCCUGGAGAUGGCCGAUGCGGCGGCCACUGCCAAGGAGAUCCGGCAGAUGCUCUUGGCGGCGGCGCCGCUGUCCUGUAGCGUCCCCAAGGCCCUGCUUCCCAAUGGUGCCGCCGCCCCUGGCAAGGCGAUGCUCACGUCACUCGGCCUGAAGUUGGGGGAUCGUGUGGUCAUCGCAGGACAGAAGGUUGGGACAUUAAGAUUUUGUGGAAAAACUGAGUUUGCAAGUGGGCAGUGGGCAGGCAUUGAAUUGGAUGAACCAGAAGGAAAAAACAAUGGAAGUGUUGGAAAAGUCCAGUACUUUAAAUGUGCCCCCAAAUAUGGUAUCUUUGCACCUCUUUCAAAGAUAAGUAAAGCGAAAGAUCGAAGGAAGAAUGUAGUACAUGGUCCUUCCACCAAAGCCAUCCCUCUCAUCCGGUCCCAGAAGAUUGAAGUCGCUCACAUCACGUCCAAAGUGAAUACUGGACUGAUGACAUCAAAGAAAGAUAUUACUUCUGAAUCCACACUUUCAUUGCCUCCUGGUGAAGAAUUGAAAACCGUAAUAGAGAAAGAUGGUCCCACGCUCGGAUCCGCCAGCAGCUCCUCCUCCACUUCUUCUCUGGAGCACAAACAGAGCAACGCCAAGAAACUGAGUGCCAGCGGCAGCACCAAGAAGACAAUGAGCAAAAGCCCCUCUCUGUCCUCGCGAGCCAGUGCUGGUUUGAACUCCUCAGCAACAUCUGUAGCAAAUAGUUCCUGCCGAGAGGGGGAGCUCCAGCUUGGGGACAGAGUGUUGGUCGUAGGCCAGAGAGUCGGUACCGUCCGGUUCUUCGGAACAACGAACUUUGCUCCAGGAUAUUGGUACGGAAUAGAGCUGGAAAAACCUCACGGCAAGAAUGACGGCUCCGUCGGAGGUGUGCAGUAUUUUAGUUGUUCUCCAAGAUAUGGAAUAUUUGCUCCCCCAUCCAGGGUGCAAAGAAUAACAGAUUCCCUGGAUACUCUUUCAGAAAUUUCUUCAAAUAAACAGAAUCAUUCUUAUCCUGGUUUCCGGAGAAGCUUCAGCACAACUUCCGCUUCUUCCCAGAAGGAGGUCAGCAGAAGAAAUGCUUUCGCCAAGUCCAAGACGGCUCUGCGCCGCAGCUGGAGCACGUCCACCUCUGGGGGUGGCCUGGAAGGGAGCGUGAGGCUGCACGAGGGGUCCCAGGUCCUGCUCACAAGCUCCAACGAGAUGUGUACGGUCAGGUACGUGGGCCCCACGGACUUUGCUUCCGGCAUGUGGCUCGGCCUGGAGCUCCGAAGCGCCAGGGGCAAGAAUGACGGAGCGGUGGGUGACAGGCGCUACUUCACCUGUAAGCCGAACCACGGCGUCCUGGUGAGGCCCAGCAGAGUGACCUACCGGGGCAUAAACGGCUCAAAGCUUGUGGGUGAAAACUGUUGAACGAAGCUCCUCGAGCCCUCGGUGAGCUCCUAGACACACUGCGCACAUCUACGGCAUACAAUAAAGCGUCCACGGCAAAUGGUUUACUUUACGUAGCCAUUCUUGAAAUCUUGACGAUAUGCUGUAGUGACCUCCAUACAGUCCAUUAGAGCCAUUCAAGAGACUUCUUUAAAAAGCCAUGGGCGCGAACGCUGGGGAUCGUGGUCAAAAUAAGUCCUUUGGGAAGCUCUCGGUUCCGAGGAGCUGCGGGACUGAGCGGAGAGUGUGUCCUUAGGUGAGCAGCGGCUGCGUGGCUUGGCUCGUCCUGUUCUGUCCCCAGCGGAUUUCCCACGGCGCCGUGAUUGUGAGCAGCGUGGGAGUUUCCCUUUCUUCCUGUGCUUUGUCACUUCUAGGCACAGCAAGAGAAGCAUAGCUAGAUGACUAGUGUAUUUCUUAUAUUUUGGGGCAAAGCUCUUUGCCUUUUGGGCAACGCCUCCUCUGGAGCUAUGGCAGCGCUCUGCGGCUGGACAGGUGCCAGGGCCAUGCGCGGAACCAGCAGCUUCUCCCACGCAAGGCCAGCAGGGGCAGGAGUGGAACCUGGGUCUCCUGACCUGUGCCCCAGUGCCCUCUCCUCUCUGCAAAGCAUGUGCUGUCAGAUUUUGCUCCUGCAGCUCGGCUGCCUUGUAGGGAUGAGCUGAAAUACGGCCCAUGAUUAAGGUUUAUGAAUUUUAGUUAUCAUUGGAAUUUUUUGCACAUCCCUGCUUAGCCUCUGUUUUUGGGUAUAUAUGUACCCCCCCGCCCCCGCCCCCCGCCACACACACAAAGCACUUUUAAAACACAAAGCACUUUCAUGUUUGUGGACGGUUUGCCGUCUUUUCCUCCUGGGAUGUGAAAGAUUAUGAGAAUGCGUUUAACCGAAGAGAGCAAGUCAAGAUGUGUUAGAAGUGUGUGACUCACUUACAUGUUUCCGACUUGUGGGUUUUUGUUUGUUCGUUUGUUUUCUUUUACUCCCCAGAGCUGGUGUUGCGUUUGCUAUGGUUACAGUUUGCAUAUUUCCAGUUGUUGUAUUUACAAAGCUGCAGAAUUGUAUGUUUUUAUUUCCCUUCUGUGGCCCAUGUUAACAAACAGCUUCAUAAGCAUCCGAGGCAACCUGGAAAAUGUUUGUAUUGUGGGCACACAUUGAAAUUGAUGUCCUACAGCUGUAAAGGUGUAUCAUUUAUUGUAAGUAUUUAAACUACUGCAGAAAUACUGGAACGGUUUGCUUCCUAAGAUUAAAGGUAUCCUUUAGAAUGGGGCUUGCUUUGUGCUUAGAAAUAAUAUUGAACUAUUUUGCAAUGUACUAUUUUAAAUCUAACUUCUGUCACUUUGCUGCCUUUAAAAAAAGUAUGGUAUUUAAAAUAUUGCUAGAGCUAUUUUCCUGAAAGACGUUUGCAAAAUAAGGCUGCUUUAUAAUCAAGGAAUAUUUUUAUUGAUUGAAGAAAAUGAUUGUACUGCAAUUCAAAAAGUAAACUUAUUUUAUUAUAUAGAUUAUUUCUCCAAAAUCUGUUUAUAUCUUAACAUGAAAUCCAUUACCACGCUGAACUUGGGUGUCUAUAAUUCAUUGUUAAUUAUAAAACACUCUAAGUUAGACAGUCAUGCCAACACUGGAUUUAUUUUUGAAGUUGAAGAAUUGUGUCUUUUAAACCCAUACAACAUGUUAAGCUUACAGGUUACAUACAAAUUGGGUGUUUUUACUUGUGUUUUGCUUACUGAGUGUCAUUCAGAAUUCACUUGCGCAUUAAUAAAAAGGGAAGCUGUCUGG